AUGUUUGGUUUUUUCCAGACUGUCCCGCGAACUGAAAAUUUCAACGAAGAAUGGUCGUUUUUUCCAGAAGGUCAGUUUUCAAUUUGCAUUUUGCCACGUAUUAUAUUUACAUAAUGGAUCAAUUCAUUUGACGAAAAAUGAAUUUCGCGACAUUUUUUGUCGCGAAAUUGCAAUUCGUGAAACGACACGAAAUAAACACAAAAAUAAAGGAGAAACAUUAAAGGGACACGUAAUCGCUGCGAGACCCAACACACGAAAAAAGAAUUUCCUCUUUUAUUUUAUUAAUUUCGUGUCGUUUCGCGAAUUGCAAUUUCGCGACAAAAAAAUGUCGCGAAAUUCAUUUUUUCUUCAGAUGAAUUGAUCCAUAACAAAACGAAUGUUUUGUUGGAAAUUGAGAAACGGGAGAAACAGAGCAGAAAAAUAAAUAGAAAUACAUAGAAAAUCGAUAAAUUCCUAGUUAUUGAUGGGAUGUCAGCCUUGUAAGCCUGUACUGACUGAAACAGACGCGCCUAAAGCAAUUUAUCCAAAUCCAUUUUUUGAUCCGGAAUCUGGUGAGUUAUUGAUUUCCGGUUGAUUCGCAGAAAAAUUGUUUAUAUAUUUUGCUCGUCCAUCAGAGAAAUAUUUCAUUAUUUUUUAUUAUUAUAUAAAACUUUGAUAAAAAACUCUGAAAUGUUUUGAUUGGCGUGCCCUCUUUGCCCCUUCCCCUUUUUUCUGAUAAAUGAAAAAAAUCAUAUUUAUUUGACACAUUCUUGUUGUUGUGCCGGUCGAAUCAUGUCUGAGGUUUAUUUUUUUUCAUCAUUUUCAAAAUUUCGUAACGUUUUCAUCAAUAUCGCUUGAAAUUCUAGGGUUUUGUUAAAAUCCGCUCGAAUAGAAGUUCAUUUACUUCAAUUGAUACGAUUUCUGCACCUGCAAGACCGAUUCGCCGAAUGUCGCAAAUGCGCACUCCUUCGAUUGUCUCUUCCGGACGCUUGAGUUUCCAAAAGUUUCCAGGUUUGCAAAAAAAAACGCAUUUCACAGAGUGUAAUUUACUACCCGAAAAAUUUCGCGCAUUUUUUGAGAUCUGACACGAUCUUAGGGGUGGGACUAAAAUCGACAAAAUUCAACGCAAAAACGAGAGAUUUAGAGAAAAAUUAUUUUUGAUCUACCCGAAAAUUAAUGAAAAAUUUGAGGUCUAGCGAUUUGAGGUAGUGAAUUACACCCUGUGCAUUUCACAAUUUGUAUUUUCGCGCGUGUUCACUAGGGCGCACAUGCUUGAUUACUGAAAAUUAGAUAAUUUUUUUCUUUUUCUCGAGUUGCUAAAAAUAUGGUUUGCUCGGCAUCUACAGGUCGCUUGAGUUUCCCAACAUUUGAAGGUAUGCUAAAAUUUAUAUUUCGAAAUGAUUCAUUUUGGCGCGUGUUCAUUAGGGCGCACAUUCUUCAUUUCUUAUUUUUCUUAUUUUUUCUUCGAAAAAAAAAACGGUUUUACCGCAUAGUUGCUUUUAAACAUAAAAACUACCCGAAAGCAAACAUUCACCGCCCUCUCACGACUAUUAAAAGCAUUUUCAUCAUUUUUUAUACAAUUUUCUCGAAAAAUCCUCCUAAAAUAUCAAUCCAAGGCACAAUUCAUUUUCUUGAUUGAUAAGAAUGUCUGCAAUGUUUAGGGUUGUAAACUUAUUUGAAACAAACUGUGCAAAAAGUACAACAUUUUUCUGUCUAUUUGCUUUGCUUUGUGACGUUGGCUCUUUAUUUUCUGCUCUCACAAUAUUUCUAACACUUUUUUCGGAAAUGACUUCUAAAGGUAUUGUCGUUCCGAAAAAAAAAGACCGUUGGAAGAGAACCGAAAUGGCCUAGGAAACCAAAAUACAGUAGACUUCGCAAAAUUUUGGAGUCUUUUUGAAAAAUAAAAUGCGAAAUUUACACGUUGGCUAUUUGCCAACCAGUUUGAUAUGCAUGUGUCACGUCAUUUUUAGUCUACUGUACGUGAGCGCCAAUUUAAACGGGGGUUCUUUUAUUUUCGGAAUGACAAUAAUAAUAAAAUCACGUGAACUCCUCAAAAAAUAAAAAUCAAAUCUCGUUCAUUUCUCAAUGUAUUUUGCUCGCAAAAAAGUGUAUUAUAUAAAUGAUGAUGAUGAAUCGAUAUCAGGUUGGUAUCAAAUUCACAAUAAACGUUUCCGCUUUUUCUCGUCGAAAUAGGCAUGAAUAAAUAAAUAAACUUGCAGUAUAGCGUGUUGUUUCUGCUUUUCCAAAUAGUUAUUUAGAUAGCUUGUUGCUCUUUUUUGAGAAAAAGGGCGAGAAAUCUAAGAAAACAACAACAAAAAAAGAGAGAAAAGUUUGUAUCUUUUCUUCUUUUUGUUAUGUUCUUUUGAUUAAACAUCAACCUAAAUCGAUUCGGGUGUAUCAUAAUCAUAUUAGUCAUUUAUUUAUUGUAUCUUUGUUGUUUUUCACCUAAAACCUCUGGGCUGUACUUACAUAUUUUCCAAUUCAUUUAUUUCAAACAAACUUUUGGGAGAAAUUUUACGAAAAAAAAAAUUCUAUGAAAAAAUCACCCAAAAAUUUAUAAUUUGUUUUUUUCGCGCAAAAAAUAUCCCCCCUUAUAAGGGAAAUCUUUUCGAAUUAUUUUUUACAAGAGAUCUCUUGUAAAAAAAUUCCAAUACCAAUAAAAAAUCGAUCAAUUUGUUUCCCCCUAAUCCAUCGAAAGUAUAUACUCUAACUGUCUGACUCUCUCUCUCUCAAAUUCGCACAGUCUUUUUUUCGAUGACUCAUCACUGGCAGAAAGAAACUGAGCUGGCAAUGUUCGGACAACAAUUUCGCAAUUUUCUGUCUGUUUCUUUCAAUUCUCUCGUUUUCUAUAUAUAAUGUGGUCGUGCCUAACUGAAAUUUUCAUUUUUUUUUAUUUUUCAUUCUUUUUUUUCGAGAAAAAAAAAACACACAUAAUAAAAAUACGUUCUCUUUUGUCGUUUAUUUCCUGACCGCCCGCCGGCCUUUGGUUUUAUUGGAAAUAUCGAUUGAUCUCUCGACCGCUCCGUUUUUUAUCCGCACUUUUGACUUAUUUUUAUCAGUCAGGAAUUUAUAGCAAUUUUUGACAGCUCUUUCGUUUUGUUAGAUAGAUAACAUUUUUAUUUUACAUCACAAGAAAAAUUACUUUGUGUACUUUAAGUCUUUCGAAACCAAAUUAAUGAAUCAUCCUAUUUAUAUUUCCACAUUCCAUUCCAUUCAACAAAAAAAUAAAAUAAAUACACAAAUUUCAUAAUAUUUUCAGCCGACAAGAAAAAACGCUCAAAAAGCAUGUUCAGUUGGUUGGGCGGUGAUUCGGGGAAGAAGAAGAACAAGGAGGUUCUCGAGUCGGUCAGCGAGGGACUUCGCAAAAUCUACAAGCAGAAGCUUUUGCCGCUCGAGGAGUUUCACAAAUUCCACGAGUUUCACAGUCCGGCUCUCGAUGAUCCGGAUUUCGAUGCGAAACCGAUGAUUUUGUUGGUUGGACAAUAUUCGACCGGUAAAACCACUUUCAUCAGAUAUUUACUCGAAUCUGUAAGUUUUUGAAGAACAACGAAACUCUUUCAACUUUCAAUCGAGAUUUUUAAUGAAUUGUUAAUUUUCUAGUAGAUUUGGACCCGCUGAUCACGAUUCCGCUGUCUAAAACUGCAAAGCUCAACUCCUAACAUGAGUUAUGACGUGGCAAAGCUGGAAAAUUUCGAAAAAUUGCGACUUUGCGAGGUCAAAUCUCCUUUUAAAAACGAUGUUCGUCAAAAUCUGAUAGCAUAGCGUUGUUCAGGAGGCAUAACUUUUUCUGCUGACCAACGCUAUCCUAUCAGAUUUUGAUGAAAACCGUUUUUUAAGCGAGAUUUGAUCUCCUAAAGUCAAAUUUUCCAGCUUUGCCACAUCAUACCUCAUGUUAGGAGUUGAACUUUGCAGUUUUAAACAGCGGAAUCGUGAUCAACGGGUCGAAAACUACUAGAAAAUAAGCAAUUCAUUGAAAUUUUCGAUUGCAAGUUGAAACACUUUUUGGAAAGUUACCAAUAAAUCAAUAAAUAUUUCAGGAUUUCCCGGGAAUUCGAAUUGGCCCAGAGCCAACCACCGAUCGUUUCAUCGCUGUUAUGCACGGCGAAGAAGAAGGAAUCAUCCCCGGAAAUGCGCUCGUUGUCGACGCGAAAAAGCAAUUCCGCGCACUUUCCGGCUUCGGAAACGCAUUCCUCAAUCGCUUCCAAUGUUCAUCAGUGAAUAAUCAAGUGUUGGAAAGUGUCACAAUCGUUGACACACCCGGAAUAUUAUCGGGAGAAAAACAACGAAUCGAUAGAGGUUAUGAUUUUACUGGAGUUUUGGAGUGGUUUGCCGAAAGAGUUGAUCGCAUUAUUUUGUUGUUCGAUGCUCACAAAUUGGAUAUUUCGGAUGAAUUCAAAAGAUGUAUUGAGGCUUUGGCUGGAAAUGAGGAUAAAAUUCGAAUUGUUCUCAACAAAUCCGAUAUGGUUGAUCAUCAACAAUUGAUGAGAGUUUAUGGAGCAUUGAUGUGGUCGCUUGGAAAAGUUUUCAAAACUCCCGAAGUUUCACGUGUAUAUUUGGGAUCAUUCUGGGAUCAUCCACUUCAUUAUGAUAUUAAUCGACGAUUGUUCCAAGAUGAGCAACACGAUCUUUUCCAAGAUUUGCAAGCGUUGCCAAGAAAUGCGGCACUUCGAAAAUUGAACGAUUUGAUCAAACGGGCUCGUUUGGCUAAAGUGCACGCGUAUAUUAUUGCGGAACUUCGUAAACAAAUGCCAUCGAUGAUUGGAAAAGAAAAGAAGAAGAAGGAGUUGAUUCAGAAUUUGGACAAAAUCUUUGAGCAACUUCAGCGAGAGCACAAUAUUUCGCCCGGAGAUUUUCCAGAUGUUCAUAAGAUGCGCGAGAAGUUGGCCAAUCAAGAUUUCACCAAAUUCAAUCCGAUCAAACCGAAAUUGUUGGAAGUUGUUGAUGGAAUGUUGGCAACUGAUAUUGGUAAGCGAAAUUUGCCACGUCAUAGCUCGAUGAAAUUCCAAAUAUAUCAUUUUCAGCCCGUCUUAUGGCUCAAAUUCCAAAAGAAGAAGCCGCUGCUCCGCUCAACGGCGAAACUCCAAAAAGCGAAACUGUUCGCGGAGGAGCAUUCUCACAAACCACCGAAGCCGAAACACCAUUCGGAUUUGGAAGAGUAAGUUCAGUUAUCGAUUUUUUUUUAGAAAUCUCGAGAUCCUCUAAUUUUAUUUUAUUUUUCUAGUUUUCUAGUCAUUGGGUCAGUUUUGAUGGUGGUAAUUUGUGUUUUUUGUUGUCUAUUACAGCCUUUGUCUCUUUUUUACCCAAAUCCUGAUUUUUCCGAUUUUCUCAACUUACCUGACAAUUAACCCUAUCCGAAUUGAUUUUUUCAUCAAAAAUUGAUUUGUUUUCAGGGAGAAGGGUUCGAUAAGGGAGCCAAUGAAAGCGAAUGGAUUGUUAACCGCGAAAGAACCACAGCGGAUAGCACUUUUGAUAGUUUGGGACCGGUUAAUGGUUUUUUGAGUGGUGAGUUUUUUGGGACCUCUUGAAAAUUGAAAUUUCAAAAAUUCUGAACAGAACCUUUGGGUAAUUUUUUAAAAGAUUUUAUUUGAGAUUGAAAAAUAAUAAAAAUGUAGGAUUAAAAAUGUAAUGUUUCAAAUUAGUUUAGAUUCUGAUAAAUUGUUUGAAAAUUGGAAGAGGAUUUGAAAAGUUCUCAAAAAUUCUGAACAAUUUUUUGAAAUUAGAUGGAAAAUUUAUCAAUUAGAAAUUUUAAAAUUCGGUGAUUUUUGAAAAAUUUCAUAAAUUUUAUGAUUGAUAAAAAAAUUUAUCGCUCUAGUUUUUAAAUAUUUCAGAUUAGAUUAGAUAAUUUCAAAUUCCAAAUUCUUUGAAAAUAUUUCGAAAUUGGCUUCAUUUUUCAAACGCUGAAUUUCAAGACUUUUUUUUUCGUAAAAUUGGUCUAUAUUAUUUUUUGUUAUAAAAAAUUGGCCCAAUAAAAUUCCAGUCUAAAAUAAUCACCUCAAAUCCUAAAUACAUUUUUUCUUCCAGGCCGCGCCGCCAAAGAACACAUGGUAAAAUCGAAAUUGCCAAACUCGGUUCUCGGAAAAAUCUGGAAGUUGGCCGAUAUCGACAAAGAUGGACAAUUGGAUGGCGAUGAAUUUGCAUUGGCCAAUUAUUUGAUCAACUUGAAAUUGGAAGGUUUGUGUUCAAAAAAAGUUGUAUUAUAAUUUAUGGGUAAUACGGCGAAUUCCUUUUCCAAAAUUCCAGAAAAAUAAUCAAUAAUUUUUGAAACGUAUUUUUUACUAGAUUUUUCUCACACAUAAUUCUUGUAUUACUGUUGAAGAAGCGCCCAAUAGAUUAUCAAAUUUUGUUUGAAACGUAUUUUUUUACAAGAUUCUUCUUUUAACGAUUUUCCAAAAUUCCAGAAAAAUAAUCAAUAAUAUUUGAAAUGUAUUUUUUACAAAAUUCUUCUUUUAACUAAAUUCUCAACCUUGAUUCCCAUUAGUAAAAUUUCCAAAAUUUCUUAUGAAUUCAUAGCCGAGAAAUCCAAAUUCCCAAAUUUCAGGUCACGAAUUGCCAUUGGAAUUGCCAAAACAUUUGAUUCCGCCAUCAAAAAGAGCCACACAAGAUGCCGUGUAUCCAACACUUUCAUCUUCCGAAAACCAAAAUAACUAUGCCGAAUGCGAUGAUUGA